AGUGUCAGAAAAGUUUCCCACUGUCCUUCCUAUGUUAACUUUCCAGCACUAAAUUACAAAUCAGUACAACACAACAUCCCAUCAACUUAAAAGUUAUUGUUGUUAGUAGAAGCUAGGAACAUCAUCAGCAACCACUCACUACUUUCUUCCUUUUCUUAAAUCUUAAAACCUCUUUCUCAAGAUUUUGUUUGUUGGGUUUUAGGUACCAUCUGAAGAUUCUAUAUAAACCAAAUUGUUCUUUCCUUGUUUUGCUUGUACAACAACAACAAGCUGACCAUAUUCUUUUUUACUGUCCAAUAAAUAUUGAGAUAGAAAAGAAGUGGACAAUGGAUGUGGACUUUUGGAGUUCAAGCGUAAACUCAACCAAGAAUAUUUCUGCUGUCCAAUCUACUUAUUUAAUCAAUUCUGAUUCUCAAUUGAAUGUGGACAAUGAAGGAGGAGAAGAUGUUAGGACUUGGUUCCCUUGCCCUUUCUGUUAUGUGGAAAUUGAAGUGCCAAUGCUUUGCUGCCAUUUGCAAGAUGAGCAUUGUUUUGACUUAAAAAACGCGGUCUGUCCCAUAUGUGCUGCAAGUUUGGGAAAAGAUCCUAUUGUACAUUUUUCUGUACAACAUGCACAGUCAGUUAAGAGAAGGAGAAAAUACCUAAAAUCUGGCUACAGGGAUAAUGCCACGGCUAUGAUUGGGAAGGAUCUUCAAGAUAUAGCUUCGUAUUUUGAGACAAAUUCAGGGGUUGGUCGGUACAAAGGGCACGAACCUGCUCCCGAUCCACUUCUAUUGCCAUUUCUCUGCAAUGUGCCUCCUACUCAUACCGAAAGCAGGCGGCAAGACAAGUCUUCUGUUUGUGACACUGCUACUACUGAAAUAGAAAGGAAGCUGCUCGUAUCUGAUCCAGCACUGGAAGAGGAUUUUGAAGAGAAGAGGCAGAGAGCUGCAUUCCUUCAAGAGCUGAUUGCGUCAACUAUCUUCUAGGAAAUCAUCCAAUUUUUUGAAAAGAAUCCCAUUCAGACUUUACUAGCAAAACAGUAAUGUAAUACAAUAUUAUAACUGAUGUACGGCCAAAAAUACAUAUAUUUAACCAUUAUUGUCUUGCAUUCUAAUA